GUCCAUCUUUAUCGCCAGUCCGGAGCUGUCACAAAGGAGUCGCCGCGCCGCAGACCGUGCCUCCGUCCCACCGGAGACCACGAAAAUUCCUUAAACCAUGUGUUGAACAUCUUUGAGACUUAAUGAAUUGUUACCUCUCUGACUGAUGAAUGAAUAAAUCCUGAAGGAAAGAACAGGGUCUUUUUCAUCAUUGUAUCUCUCUCCAGCAUCUACCUUCAAGGGCUUACACAUACAGACAAAAGACAUUUGAGCAAAACCAUCCAGUAAAGUAACUGGGAAUGCUAUUAUGUAGACUGAAUUCCUACAGUCAGCUUGUGAUUAUGUAUCUAUCAUCAUCCCAGAUGAUGAUGGUAAUGAUUUGGGGAGCAGUACUACAACCUUGAAGCAUUUGGGGAUUACAAUAGUGGAUACUGGGGAGACCUGUAAGAAACAUCCCUCAACCUCUGCUAUACAGUGGUCACGUAAAGAACUUCUGAAGUUAAAGAACCAAGAAGAAUGAUUUUAAAUAAAUACUCCAUUGAUAUAUGGGCUUAAUUUACUGACUAGUUGCAGACCUGUCAGAAAAUCUGAUGCAUCCCAUCAUUGUCUUCUUGUCCACGAGCCAUUCAGCCAACCUGAUCUUUAAAAAAGCCGGAAAGAUUUCUGACCUGCUUUUGGAUGAUCAGAGUUUAUUUUAGGUGAUAAUGUUGGAUACCGAAUCUACAACUUCCUUUGGAUUCCAAUUGUUGAUAACAAAUACAAUGCAAAUACCUCAAUUCAAGAUUAUGAAAACAGUACUUGGAAAACUUUCUCAAUGAUUGUCUUUGCUUGGGUUGUGUUUUAUGCUAGCAGAAGCCUUGUACAAGGUUUACUGCUGACUCUAGAGCAGCAUAUAUCAAGUUUUCUGGGAACUUUGGGAGCCACCAACAUGGGCAACUCUUGUAUUUGUCGAGAUGAUAGUGGCACAGAAGAUAAUGCAGAGUCCCAGCAUCAGCAGUCUGAGAACAGCAUAUUACCAGCAGCUGAAAACAGAAGCCAUCUAAGGGACCCUGUGAGACCACCUAGGAGGGGCCGAGGACCACAUGAGCCAAGAAGAAAGAAACAAAAUGUAGAUUGUUUGGUGUUGGAUACACUGGCAGUAAUUCGGACACUUGUAGAUAAGAGAGAGACAGAGACAGAUACAGAGACAGAGAGACAGAGACAGAGAAAGAUUCAGAGAGACAAAGGGAGAAAAAGAAUUUGUGGGUGUGUGACUGGAUUGAUCUCCAGUGACCAGGAACCUCCUUAUUCAAUGAUCACAUUGCACGAAAUGGCAGAAACAGAUGAAGGAUGGUUGGAAGUUGUCCAGUCUUUAAUUAGAGUUAUACCAUUGGAAGAUCCAUUGGGACCAGCUGUUAUAACGUUAUUACUAGACGAGUGUCCAUUGCCAACUAAAGAUGCACUCCAGAAGUUGACUGAAAUUCUGAAUUUAAAUGGAGCUGUUGCUUGUCAGGAUGCCAGUCAUCCUGCCAAACACCGAAACACAACAGCAGUACUGGGCUGCUUAGCCGAGAAACUAGCAGGUCCUGCAAGUAUAAACUUACUUAGUCCGGGGAUAUUAGAAUAUUUGUUACAGAGCCUGAAUUUCCAGUCCCAUCCUACAGUCAUGCUUUUUGCACUAAUCGCAUUGGAAAAGUUUGCACAGACCAGUGAAAAUAAAAUGACUAUCUCUAAAUCCUGUAUUAGUGACCGUCUUGUCAUGUUGGAGAGUUGGACAGAAAAUUCUGACUAUCUGAAACGUCAAGUUGGUUUCUGCGCUCAAUGGAGUUUAGACAAUCUCUUUUUGAAAGAAGGCAGGCAGUUUACUUAUGAGAAAGUGGAUCUGACCAACAUUAGGGCCAUGCUGAAUAGCAAUGAUGUCAGUGAGUACCUGAAGAUCUCGCCACAUGGAUUGGAGGCUCGAUGUGAUGCCUCCUCCUUUGAAAGUGUGCGUUGUACAUUCUGUGUUGACUCUGGGGUAUGGUACUAUGAAGUUACAGUGAUCACUUCUGGAGUUAUGCAGAUAGGCUGGGCCACCAAAGACAGCAAAUUUCUCAAUCAUGAAGGCUAUGGUAUUGGAGAUGAUGAAUAUUCUUGUGCAUACGAUGGCUGCCGGCAGCUGAUUUGGUAUAAUGCCAGAAGUAAACCACAUUCACAUCCUUGUUGGAAAGAAGGAGACACAAUAGGGUUUCUUCUAGACUUGCAAGAAAAACAAAUGAUCUUUUGCUUAAAUGGAAGCCAGCUUCCUUCUGAGAAGCAAGUCUUUACAUCUGCUGUAUCAGGGUUUUUUGCUGCAGCAAGUUUCAUGUCAUAUCAACAAUGUGAGUUCAAUUUUGGAGCAAAACCAUUCAAAUAUCCCCCUUCUAUCAAAUUUAGCACUUUCAAUGACUAUGCCUUCUUGUCACCUGAAGAAAAAAUCAUUUUGCCAAGGCACAGGCGUCUUGCUUUGUUGAAACAAGUUAGUAUCAGAGAAAAUUGCUGUUCACUUUGUUGUGAUGAAGUAGCAGACACAGAACUCAAGCCAUGUGGACACAGUGACCUGUGCAUGGAUUGUGCCUUGCAACUGGAGACUUGCCCAUUGUGUCGACAAGAAAUAGUGUCUAGGGUCAGACAGAUUUCUCACAUUUCAUGACACAUGUGGAGAAGCAACAAGGACUUACUUGUAAUCAAUUCCAGCCAAUGUCUGAAAAGGAAAAACAUCUCUAACCAGUUGUGCACACAUUGAAACUAUAGCCAUGGCCAGAUUUUAUGCUAAGCAGUAGUUUGUCUUAAGACAAAAUCCUUUAGAAUUUAACCCAGGAUGCCAGCACUGGGACAUUCUUUUUACGAACAAGGAGAGCUGAAUGCUAUGGCUGUCUUGGGUCCCUCUGAGAAAGACACCAGGAGAUACUGCCCACAUGAGUGCCGAAAUUGAAUUUGCACUGGAAUCCUACAUGUUCAGUACAUUCAGUUAUUUAAAACAGGAUGUUUUGUCUCAUACUCGAAAGUCUUUAUUUUUGGCUGAAACCAUUAUGGAGAAUAGUCUGCCAGUGUUUCUUGGUUAAGUGUAACUUCCUGCUGGUCAGAGACUAUGUUAACAUUGAACUGCAAGACUUGAAUCCCUAAAACUAAAAAUAACACGUCUUACUACAAGCUACAUGAAGGACCCUAAAGAAGGUGCAUAAACUGUAAAAAAAAAAAAAAAAAAAAAAAAUCCAAAUUUUUGAUAUCUCAGUGAUUCCAAAGAACAUUCUGAUUUUUUUCUUUUUAAACACAGAAAAUUGGUGGUAUUUUCACAUUCAUAGUGUUUCUAUCCAAUUUCAGUACCCGCAUUUUGUGAAAGAAAUAAUAUGUUUUACCAGUGCAGGAGGGAAUUCUUAACAUUAAUUACAAUGCUGGACUGGAGAAAAUUUACUAUUUAGGGUAUUUUUUAAGGUACCAUCAAUCAGGUUUUUUUGUUUUGUUUUUUGUUUUUUUUUUUUUUUUUCUAAUCAGUAUUGUUUUUGAAAGUAAUGUACAUUUGAAACUUUUGAACUAAUUAGUCUCAAAAGAUCUGGAGGAAAUUCUGAAAAACAUAUUAAUAUUGUUUUUAAAUAAAUACAUGUUAUUUGAAUAGUAAAUUCAAUCAUGGAUUGCUGACUAUGUCUUCAUCAAAAGUACAAGUCCCUCUCUGGGUCUCUGGUGAAGAUCUUCAAGAGUUUGUUUUGUUUUUCUCCCAGAAAAUUGGAAGGUAGAAUUGUAAAUUCACAGUACUUAUUUAAUAAGGGUGUACCUCAGCAGUUGCCUUUUAAUUUAUGCCAACUACUUACUGAGUUUAUACUUGAAUAGUAAAGGUGUCUUCUGAGUUUUACAAUGUCUUAAAAUGGAUGCAUAUUAUUUUUUCCCUUUCAGCACCCCUUCUCGAUUAUAAAGUGAUGGUAACCUGAAGCCUGUGCUAUUAACAAAGCUCAUUUCUUCCUGUAAAUUGGGAUGAUGAGUUUUUCCCCAUGCUUUCAGUCUUCCAUAAACUCUUAAAAUAUGUUCUUCCCUUAGCUUUUGGUGAAUAUGAUAAUUUGUAUUAAAUAAAUAAAGUAUUUGUUGCUUUUU